CGCUGGCGGACCAGGCGAGCGGUCUGCCUCCGCUCCGCCUCAACCCCCGCUUCAGCUGCUCCGGCGCCCAGGCCACACAGCCAGCCCUAGCGGCAGCUGGAGCCCAUCCCGGUGGCCCGCCUGUCCCGCUCCGCGAGCAGCGGCCCGAGUGUAUGCAGAACCCUGGGCCGCCCGGCAACGCCGUCGUUGGGAGCGAAGUGGGCAGGGCGUGCAGCUUUAGCAAGGGCGCGUCUGUGGCCAGCAGCAGCAGCAGCAUGCUAGCGUGUCGAGCCGCAGGACGGCUGGCAGCAGCAUUCGGCCGUGGCAGCCAGCUGCGCACUGCGCUGGCGGGCAACAGGGCUCGCCCCGUGGUUUCCGACCUCUGCGCCAAUGGCGGCAGCCCCUAUGUGCCGGCAGCCUGGCCACCGCUGCCGCGCGACAAGUCCACUGUUAGCUUCCCGCCGCCGCCAGUCACUACCUCAGAGGAGCAGCCUGUGUGGACUGACCAAGUGUGGGCGAGCCCUCUGGACAUCCGGCGGCGGGUGUUUUGCAACCGCAGCCUCAACAUGAAGAACAUCAAAGCGGUCGGCUUCGACAUGGACUAUACGCUAGCGCAGUACCGCCCAGAGACGUUUGAGACGCUGGCCCACGAGCAGACCGUGGACAAGCUGGUCCGCUACUUUGGGUACCCAGAGAGCCUGUAUGAUCUCACGUUUGACCACGGCUACAUGUGCCGGGGCCUGGUGAUUGACAAGAAGCGUGGCAACAUGCUCAAGAUUGACCGGCACAAGUAUGUCAAGCUGGCGUUCCACGGAUUCCGGGCCCUCCCGCGGGAGCAGCGAAUGUCUGUGUACAACAACGCAGACAAGCGGGAGGAGUAUGAUGAGCCGGCGUUUGCGCUCAUCGACACUCUGUUCAGUCUGGCAGAAGCUUAUCUGUUUAUGCAGGCAAGCAGUGGUGCUGCCUGCCGCUCUGCCGGGUUGGCACGUGCUGCUGUGGAUGUGCGUGGCGCUGUGGACCUGUGCCACAGGGACGGCAGCAUCAAGCGGGAGGUGGCGGCAAACCCGGAGAAGUACAUCCACGACGACCCCGGGUUGGUACCGCUGCUGGAGAUGCUGCGGCAGAGCGGCAAGCAGAUCUUUGUGGCAACCAACUCGAUGUGGGACUACACACAUGUUGUGAUGAACUGGGUGAUCAGCCGGCGCAAGGGAGCGGAGCGCAGCGAGGACUGGCUGAAGCUGUUUGAUGCGGUGGUGGUGGGGUGCGGCAAGCCACGAUACUUCACGGAGCGGUCAAACCUGUUUGAAGUGCACACGGGGACGGGCAUGCUGUGGAACACAGAGGGAGGGUCACCCAUGAUUCCCAUCGGAGAGGAAGACCUGCCCACCCCCAUCCUGCACCAGCCGGGCGCCCGGGCCCGCGUGUUCCAGGGAGGCUACUACCUGGACCUGCACAAGAUGCUGGAUGCGAUUGGCUGGCGCACGCUGCUGGUGAUCCCGGAGCUCGAUGCCGAGCUGGAGGUGUUGGCGGGGUGCAAGAACAACAUGCAAGAGCUGCGGGUGCUGCGCAAGCAGCGGGACGCGCUGGACGACCAGAUCCAGCGCCUGGAGUGGCAGCUCAGCAACGCGCCGCUGGAUGGCGACCCCAGCCACAACAUGGACCUGUCGGCGGCGGGGACCAGCUCGGAGGACGAGCUGAAUGCUUUUGCAGAUAUGCUGAGCAACCUGAAGCAGCAGCGGGAGAGCCUGCGGGAGCGGCACCGCGACCUGCUGCGCAGCCACCACGAGCAGUUCCACCCGUGGGGCCAGCUCAUGAAGACAGGGUAUCAGAACUCGCGCUACGCCCACCAGAUGGAGAGGUUUGCCUGCCUGUACACCAGCCACGUCAGCAACCUAAUAUUCUACUCGCCGCUCAAGAGCUGGAGGGGCAAGCCUGAUGUGAUGAUUCACGAAGAUGAGCUGAUGGGGUGAGCCCGGGCUGGGCUUGCUCGGCAGGUCUCGCCUGGGCCGGCCAGCCAGGGGCGCGUGCCCACAAACCAUCUUCCCACUUCGUUUCAGGGCACCCAUUCCGUUCCUCUGCUGUACUUUCUCUCCUGCUAUUGUACUCUCGGUUCCUUGCGCUCCCGUCUGGGCACCGACUGCGUGCCUUUGUCAGGGCUGUGCACUAUGUGCUCCCAGCCUUGACCUCGGUUGUUUGCCCUGUAUGCCCUUUUGUACUGCAUUGGUAUCCCACAUUUUGUAACAAUCUGUGCCUUUGUC